CGAUACGGUAAACAAGAUGGCCGCCAUCUACUCCAGGAAGUGACCAGUGAAAGUGUUGACAGCGAAUAUUGUUUAAGACCAAACUUCAAGUAUGUCACGUGGUUCGUCGCGGGGUGAGCUAGAGACAGGGAAGGGGACCACAUUAUGUGAACGAGGCCCAUACAACAGUGUCCCUGUAGACAACUACCCAAGUGGAGACGGAAAGUCGUAUGUGUAUGAGGGAUCUGGGUAUUACAUCCCGUCGGAAAGAAGCUGGGUGAAAUACCAUGAGUACAGGUCCAUACCCCCCAACACUCGCCGAGACGCUAUUCUGUUCGAGUCUGAGGAACAGUGGAGGAAAUAUCAGAGUCAGCGAGACAGCCGCUCUGCCCCUGGUGGUAUUACAUUCUCCGAGUUCCGAGCUCCGCCGACAACACCAUUAUCUGCGUUACUGCCAUAUCCGAGCGGGACAAAGCCGUGGUCUGGGUCUGGGUUCUUCGUGGCUCCUACAGACAAAUGGAUUCAUGAACAAACAGGUCCAGGAAUACCCUCUAACGCUUCUCUGUUCUACAAUGAAGAAGACUGGAUCAAAUUCGCUACCAAGUAGAAAACCCAACUAUGAAAAAGUCUUGAUUGUUCUUGAUUAUGCAUCAGAAUUGGGACCCAUUUAUUAUCUCAGCAUUUCUUGAUCUAUUGUGCUACAAAAGUCAAUAUUGUUUUCAAUUUGGUUGUGAUACAGAAAAUGUUAAAAAAUCAUGAAAGUGUUCUCGAGCCAUUUGUACCAAAUCAUUGUAAUUGCCCAGUGAAUUAUCUUGCCACACCUAAAAUUAUAUUGCAUACUCUCUACAAAGAGCAAUAAGUCCUGGCCAACCUUAUUACUAGGGCUGGCAAUCAAUAUGGAUCAUAAAUAUAUAUAUAUAUCUCAAGAUAGUCUGUCAUACAGACCCUGAAGCAAAUAUAUACAAGAAAGCCCCCACGAAAGUCUAGAAAAUGUGGCAAGUCUAGAUUUCCACAGCUUCU